AAAACCCAUAUGAUCCACUUGUUAGAAAACAGACGUUCCAAUAUGUUUUAAUUUGUUUUAAAUUUCUUUUAUUUAAUUUCAGUCAGCAAAUUCAAAAUUCCACUGAUUGAAGAUAUAUCCCAAUCGGGAGCCGGUAAUUCCUUGGCUUCAUCGUCGGCAGUGUGGGUCCGCCCGACGAAGUUCAGACAUCGCUCCAACGAAAAUGGGCAACGGACGGCCAGAUUACCUCCCGCUGAUAUAUCGUGGGCAAAUUGAAGGUACCACCCUCAGCAGCAUCAUCCCCACGAUGAUCGUCAUCGGUUUCUUAUUUUUAAUCUUGAAACGAUCGAAUGAUGGUGAUGGAAGGCGUUUACGGGGGAGAGGGCUUCUAGGGCUCAAUUCCAUUGCAACAAUUGUUAAUUCCGACGAGAUUACAGUGAGAUUCAAAGACGUUGCGGGGUGCGAAGAAGCGAAAAUAGAAAUAAUGGAGUUCAUAAAUUUUUUAAAACAUCCCGAACAAUACAUUCAACUUGGUGCUAAAAUCCCUAAAGGUGCACUUUUGACCGGACCCCCAGGGACUGGGAAAACCAUGAUGGCUAAAGCUACAGCAGGGGAGGCCAAUGUUCCUUUCAUCUUCGCCUCUGGUUCUGAAUUCCUCGAAUUGUUCGUCGGUGUUGGUCCGUCUAGAGUCCGAGAUAUGUUUUCUAUGGCCAGAAAAAACGCUCCUUGUAUUUUGUUUAUUGAUGAAAUUGAUGCUGUCGGUAAAAAGCGAGGGGGCAGACAUUUCGGUGGACAUUCAGAACAAGAAAAUACAUUAAACCAAUUACUAGUCGAAAUGGACGGUUUUAAACCAAACACAAAUGUGGUUGUUUUGGCAGCAACGAAUAGAGUCGAUGUCCUAGAUCAAGCUUUGAUGAGGCCAGGUCGAUUCGACAGGCAGAUUUUUGUACCAGUCCCGGACAUAAAAGGAAGAGCUUCCAUAUUUAAAGUGCACCUGGAGGCUCUGAAAACCGAUGCUGAUAAAGACAUCCUGGCCAGAAAGUUGGCUGCACUCACGCCGGGUUUUACCGGUGCUGAUGUGGCGAUGUGCUGCAACGAAGCGGCUUUAAUAGCAGCACGGGACUUAAACGAAUCCAUCGCACUUACGCACUUCGAACAGGCCAUCGAGAGGGUAGUGGCAGGAAUGGAGAAAAAGUCCAACGUGCUUCAGCCGGAAGAGAAGAAAACUGUGGCCUUCCACGAAGCGGGUCAUGCCGUGGCCGGCUGGUUUCUGCAACACGCAGAGCCUCUUCUAAAGGUAUCGAUCGUUCCAAGAGGAAAAGGAUUAGGCUAUUCGCAGUAUCUCCCGAAGGAACAAUAUUUAUACUCUAAAGAGCAACUUUUUGACACAAUGUGCGUGGCCUUAGGAGGAAGAGUAGCAGAAGAAAUCUUCUUCGACAGAAUCACAACUGGUGCUCAGGAUGAUCUUAAGAAAGUGACGAAAAGCGCAUAUGCUCAGGUUCUUAACUACGGUAUGAGUGAAAAAUUAGGGACUUUAAGCUUCGAAUUGCGGUCGAACGAUGACCUUUUUUUCGAGAAACCCUAUUCAGAGCAGACGGCUCAACUCGUGGACAACGAAGUGCGUUCGUUGAUAGAGAAAGCUCUCCAUAAAACAAGAGACCUUUUGAAAGCGCGCAAAUCUGAAGUCAAAAAGGUUGCUGAGAAGCUUCUGUUGACGGAAGUCUUGUCCAAGGCCGACAUGAUCGAGUUGCUUGGUGAGAGGCCUUUUCCAGAAAAAUCCACUUACGAGCAGUUCGUACAGGGCACCGGCUCACUGGAGGAAAACACAUCGCUCCCGAUAGGACUCAAAGAUUGGAAUCAAACGGAAAGAAAAACUCCCAAGGAACGAGAAAGCCCAGAACUUUCAUCUACACCGUCCAUUUAAGUCUUUCUUCAAAUAUUUAUAACACUAUUCGACAUAAUAAAAUGUAUACAUUACAUAAACAUA